AUGGAGCACUCCACAGCAAUCCUGGACGAUGCGAACAAAGCUAUCGAGGCAGCUGCAUCAAAAACGGAAGCAGCAGAGCCUAGGAAGACGGGCAGUGAGACACCAGCCGGUAGUGAUGAGAAGACAGAUAACAACCACAAUCGUCACAAAAGAAAGGGCUUUUCGGACAGAGGUAUGCAACAUGGAGCACGAGGUGGACGUGGCAACAAUAAGCGGCAUAAGAAGGGCGAUAUGGGAAGGUCAGAAUAUUUGUAGGUUACAACUCCCAGUACAUGUAAAUUGUGAAGGGUUGUGACUGACUCUGACGAAAGCGCAUCAAAUCCAGAUAAACGAAAACGCGUCGGCGAAGCUUCUGAACGGCGGCAACGGGAGGGCACUUCCGGUCAGGGAAUAACUUUCUCGAAAGAGGAGAUUGACGCUGAGGAGCGACAACCGAAAAGGAAGGUUGCCGUACUCAUCGGGUACUCUGGCACUGGCUAUAAGGGCAUGCAAAUAUCUGGCUCGGAAAAGACGAUCGAGGGGCACAUAUUCCAUGCUUUCAUUCGAGCUGGAGCCAUCAGCAAAGCGAACGCAGAAGACCCGAAAAAGGUCAGUCUUGUGCGCUGCGCGCGGACAGAUAAGGGAGUCCACGCGGCCGGUAAUAUGAUCAGUUUGAAAUUAAUAGUGGAGGAUAAGGACAUUGUGGAAAAGAUCAACGCGGAGUUGAGUCCUCAGAUCAGGGUAUGGGGUAUCGAGCGGACGAUCGGAAGCUUCUCCUGCUACCAGGCGUGCGACAGCCGGUGGUACGAAUAUCUCAUUCCCUCGCACGCCUUUCUACCUCCGCAUCCAAGCAGUUGGCUCGCGAAGCAGCUCGAGGCUGCAGCGGACGAGUGCGGUGAUCGGGAGGGCUACGAGAGCAGGCAGCAGGAGGUCCACGGAUUCUGGGAGAAGGUGGACGAAGAAGACAUCAAGCCUAUCCUCGAAGCCAUUGAUGAGGACAUCCGAUGGGAUGUCGUCAAAGCGCUCCAAGGUGAAGAAGAGGCAAACGCUACCAAAGAAGAUGCUGAGGUUGAGCAGCCGGCGAAGGUUGGCAGUCAUCGAACACAAAAGGAAGCUGAAGACGAGAAGACUGAGGAGGCUGCCAUCAUAAUAAACGAAGGUCGGACCACUGAAUCCGGGCAAGCCCAGACUUCCGGAAAGAUGGACAAUGCGGAGGAUGCCAGGACCGAGCCUGCGAGCGGUGCGAUGAUCGAUUCCGCUGUUUCCUUACCGCGUGUCGAAGAGAGUGAUCAGCCUCUCGAUCCGGCGACGGAGCGUGUACAUCGACUUCGUGCGGCGACCAAGCUCUUACGGAAUGCCUACAUCUCCGCCAGACGUCGUUAUCGCAUUCCCCGGUCCCGCGUGGAUCGCAUCCAGGAAGCGCUCAGCAAAUACGUUGGCACCAAAAACUACCACAACUACACUAUUCAGAAAACCUUUCACGACGCAAGCGCAAAGCGGCACAUCAAGUCAUUUGUUGUCAAUCGAACACCGAUCCUGAUUGGUGACGGACCCGACGAGCAAAAGACGGAAUGGCUAAGCAUGAAGGUCCACGGACAAAGCUUUAUGAUGCACCAGAUUCGUAAGAUGAUUGGUAUGGUCACAUUGCUGGUCCGCAGUGGCGCCACAUUGGAGACGAUGGAACAUUCGUUCACCGAGGCCCGCUUUUCGAUCCCCAAGGUCCCCGGCCUUGGUCUCCUGCUGGAAAGGCCUGUGUUUGACAGCUACAACAAUUUCCAAGCCGUCAAGCACGGUCGAGAUUCGCUUGACUUCGGCAAGUACGAGAAAGAGCUCGAGGCGUUCAAAGAGAGAGAAAUCUACCAGCGCAUCUUCCGCGAAGAGGAAGAAAGAAACGAGUUUGGGCGAUUCUACAACCACGUUGAUAAUUUCAAGGAGGCAUACUUUUUGUACGUCACAUCGAAGGGUCUGGAGGCGACUCUGGGGAUUGGCAGGAAGGGCGUGGUGAAAUACGAGAGCGAAGGGGAGGAUGGCGGCAACGAUGAGGGAUAG